AUGAUAGUGACCAUCCCGACCACAUACACUUCUUUGGAAGAGACAAAAGUUCUGCUUACCGUUGAUAAGAACGAUGGGAACCCGCCCACUUUCACUCAGCCUUACCUCAUUGACAUGAGCAGUGGUCAACGCCUCACAGCGACUUCAGCGGGAACUUAUUAUUCGUUCUACAUACUUCCAUCCAACGUGACUUCCGUUCGUGUAGACGGACCAACACCUGGCUUGACCUGUUCUUUGAGAGCAUUUGUCAAUUCGGAUAGUACAGUGCUACUCAGUUACACGGACAAUUCGGCUAUCGAUAUUGGGAAUGCUGUUCGAUCUCAAGGUGGGUUAGCCAAGAAACUUUGA